UGACCCUAGCCCUAAUCAUGACUUGGUCUUCCAUAUUAAAAGUCUUGUACCAACAAACGCCGGUACCCAGCGCUACCUCGGCAAGGUUCCCCCACCUAUCAACACUAACGUGAGGGUAUGUCCGAGCAGCCAUCAUCCCCAUAACCCUUUGAUCUAAGCAGGUUACGGUCACCCUGGCUCCAUAAUCAACUACUUUCACAGGGACCUGUCUUGCGUCGUCGGCAUCCAGACCAUACAGGUCGGUAAGUAUGGUCUCAGGGGCUCCCCUCCCUCAUUGGGCCCCUCCUUCAUCAUAAUAUGCCUCGACACGAGCGUGCCACCUUACGGGCAGUCACCAGUGUGUUUAUCUCAAGCCAAUUCAGUCCUCUAUCAAAGUUCGUAUCCGUAAAGCGUGAAAACGCGCCUCGGAGUGAAAACUUCGAAUUUAGACACGAAUUGACCAAGGUUUCAAUCACCCCGUCCACGUUGACCAGGAUGGGGGGUCUAUGCGGGUCAGCAUUGCCGUGCCGGUCCGUCAGUCCCACGGAGAAAGUACUGCCGCCCAGUGAUACCCUCUCUCUAUACUGACCAGGGACUAAGAAUACGAUGUUACGACACGAAUCCGGCACAUCCACAAGUCCAGCUGUACGCAGGAACAUCUCCUCUCUGAAGUCGACUCCGUCCUGCGUAACUCUAUACACGUCGCCGACCCAAGCCAAAGGGUACGUUAGAUGACUCAACACCCAAAUGGCAGUCCCAAGAUCACCGGGACAAUUCGAAUCAGGUAGGGCCACUACCCGGGUGGAGCCGUCUUGCAACGACCACCUCCUAGAGUCAGGCCCCUGACCCACCUGGAUGGUUCUAUCCCCAGACCUCAGGGCAGCUUCCACCGCUUGGGGGGACACAAACGUGGCGCUAUAACUUCACUGAUUAGCCCUUCCCAACGGCAAAAUAUACUUCACGGGCUCAGUUCUAUCUGCCCAUGCCCACUCUACACCAGUAGGUUGUAGAGCUUCCACCUGCCUAAGGUCAUCAUACAGAGCCACCCUCAACCCAAGCUCCUUCUAAUCAUUUGGAGCAGACAUGGCAUUUUGCGCCAUGAACCCAAAAACGGGGGCACCACUCACGUAACCAGACACCACACUGGACCUCUACGGGUUCAGAACAUUUGGCGUGGUUGGAUCGGGAUGGCUAGCAGCAUCCACCAUCUUCAGCCCCAUCUCUGUAAGAGAGAGAGCUCCAUGGUUGUAGCUGGGAUUACACCCCACCCCCACUCACUGGAUGUUGUCCGUCCUUGCUGGAAACAUAGUGGCAAGGUUAGCAUCGUCAGGUAAUGGAUCAUCCACAACCCAAGCCUCAGGGGGGGUACGAGGUCCCGCCCCUCUAUGGGUCGUGUCCACAAGUCUAACAUCUGGGCCAAUCCUCUUCUUGUUCCGAAGAACUGGUGUUGUGUUAGGGGAUUGGAAUAAUAAGUCUGUGCCCCCCUGGGGUCAGAAAAAUACGUCUUGUACAAUCUGCGCUUCAGGGUAGCCGCCAUUGUGUUAGGGAUAUACUCCCUAGAACCAUCUACGGGUGGAAGGUCCCACAGACACUCCCUCAGGGGUACGUUCCAAAAUCAACCGCGGUUAACCUUGGAAGUUGGCGAUAUGGAGGGGGAUAAAGUUAACCGUGGUAGCAGUUGUUUUGGAACGUAUUUGGUAUGUAAAAAUGGCUGAUAGUACAAACAAAAAGCGGUUCCUUAUGCUACUCAUUGCAAGUUAUUAUUAUUCAACGAUAUUAACCGAAGUAACAAAUGAAAGUGAUAGUGAAAAUGAUAGUGAAGAACUUGUACAACAUUUUAUUGAUAUUGAAAAAUACUUAAGAAUACGUGGCAAAANAAGAAAAAUAUAUCGUGUUGAAGGUUAUGUUGAAAAUAUAAUUCCAAGAUUCUCUACAAAACAAUUCAAAGAACACUUUCGAAUCGAACUAGCUGUCUAUGAUAGUUUGGAAAAUAAAAUAGGAAAUUUGUUAUUAAGGCAAAAUACAUCUGGUCGCUCGACAUUGCCUGUUCGGAAACAAUUGCUUGCUACUCUUUGGCUAUUAGCUACUCCUGAUUCUUAUAGAUCUGUUGGAUCGAAAUUUAACUUAGGGAAGUCUUCUCUUUCACAUUGUGUUAGGAGAGUUAUAAAAGCUUUAUCAUCCUUGNCAGCAGAAAUAAUAUCUUGGCCAAAAGACGAUCAUUUAUUAAAUAUAAAAACUAAAUUUCAAAGAAUGUCAGGAUUACCUAAUGUUGUUGGAGUUAUAGAUGGCUCUCAUAUUGAAAUACCUGCCCCAGAAGUUGAUCCUGAAACAUACAACACACGAAAAUGUAGAUAUGCAAUAGUUUUGCAAGCUGUAUGUGAUGCUGAUUUGCGUUUUACUGAUUGUUUUUGUGGAUAUCCUGGAUCUGUAGGAGAUUUAAGAGUAUUUAGAAACAGUGAUUUAUGGCAUGCUGNGCAUAAGAAGAGGAACGAUUUCUUUCCUAAUGAAGAAUAUAUAAUUGCUGAUAAAGCAUAUUUUACUUUAGGAUGGUGUAUGGCUCCCUAUAAAGAUAAUGGCCAUCUUACAAUGGUACAAAAGAAUUUUAACCAACAUCUUAGUCAAGCUAGACAAGUUAUUGAGCGAGCCUUUUCUCUAUUAAAAGGGAGAUUUCGACGUUUAAAAUAUUUACAUAUGAAUCGAGUAGAUCUAAUUCCUGAAACUAUAUUAGCAUGUUGUGUUCUCCACAACAUAUGUCUUGAUGGUUUAGAUUAUGAUAUUGAAGAUUAUAUAGAAAAUGAAAUUGAUAACUUUAUUAAUAAUGAACAAAAUAAUGAAGAAUUACUAGAUAUACAAGAAGACAUGGACGGUAUUAAUACUAUAGAAGGUGUUAAUAAAAGAAAUUAUAUAGCAGAGACAUUGGAUGUAUUAGAUAAUAAUGAUUGAGUUGUAAGACAACUUCAAGAAAAGUCUGGCGCUAUAAUGAUCGUUAUUCAAAACGACUCCUUUCAAGAACAGGAGAAUCUUUAAGAAUAACAGGAAAUCCACAAAAAGUGAAAUAUGCAAAGCAGUUGGUCUAUGUUAAAUUAAUAGCUAAAAAGGAAAUACAAAUGUUUCAUAGAGGAGGGAGAGGAGAUACUGAGAGAACAGGCAAUUAUUAAAUGUAACGACAGUGGCUUCAAUCGCGGUUCUGCAAAUAGUGAAGUAAAGGUAUUUGUUCCAAGAGCUGCUGUUGGCGUUGUCAUUAGUAAAGAUGGAGAUAUGAUUAAAAAAAUACAAGCAGAAAGUGGAGCCAAAGUUCAAUCCAACAGAGAANAGAAUAGUUCUGGCGAUAGGAAAUGAACACANAUAAAAGAUAAAUG